GGUAUAAACAAAAUAACAUUUAAAAGCAUAUUUUGAAAUAAAUUGAUAAAUGUGAGUUAAUAAUGGUUGUUAAAGUAAGUUUAUUUAACAAUUUGAUGAACCAAAGCAUUGUGCUUUCAAAUGACGGGAUUACAAUCAUUGGCAGAGGAUUUUUCGAGUGCCAGGAUAAAAGAGUGUCUAAGAAGCAUGGUGAAAUAACCGUUAUAGACUCAACAAUCAAGAUAAAAUCUUGUCAUCAGAAUCCAAUAUUUUACAAAAUUAAAAAUGAUCCAAAGAAAAAUGUACUGUGGAAAGACUCUGAAGUUAUUUUAGGUGAUUCUGAUAGAUUUUCUCUCCUGCCUGAAGAAUUUGAAUGGAUCAUAAAAAUUGAACAAGAAAAUGACCAGAAUGAAAAUCCCACAUCAUCAACAUUCCGUAUUCGCCAGACCGAUGAAAUAAAUGCAAAUUUAACACAGUUAUUAAGAGAAGGACGUGAAACGCCAGAUUUAGAAGGACGUGAAACACCUGAUUUAGAUAGGACUCCAUCACCAGAUGAUUUACGACCACCGGAAAACUUUCAAAAUAAUCAAGAAGAGGCUCUUGUUGCACAGGUUGUCUCUUCUUCCAAUCGCAAAAGAUCAUUCGAUAAUUCUUUAGAAACUGAGAAUCAUGAAAUGAAAAAACAGAAGCAAAUCCCUUACACACAAGUGCCCUCAAGUACUACCUCUGAAAAUGUACAACCAAAAACGUCUGACUCAUUUGUGGUGCCUCAAUCUAGUAAUUCAAAUAGUUGCACUUUAUUACCUAAUAUUAAACCGGAUCCAGACAGUACAGAAAUUAAUAAUCAACAGAAUCUAACACAUCAAAAUGUCCCAACAACUUCAAAGAUAAAAACAGAAUCAGCCGAGAAUAAUGAUCAACAUCCAUCAUCGUCUAAUUCAGAUGUGAAAGUUGAUACCAGUACAGUAAAAAAGGAAGAAAGUCCUGGGAAUUCAUCAUGUCAGCAACAAACAGUAAGAUCAAGUUGUGAAUUUGGCAUUCGUUGUUAUCGUAUGACUGAUGACCAUCGAAGAGAAUAUGCACAUCCGAUGGACAAUGACUAUCGAAGACCAAAUUUUCCUGCAGCUUCUGUAAAUGCACCUCGAUGUCCUUAUUGGGAUGCAUGCUACAGACGGAAUCCUGAACAUUUUCGGGAAAUGGCGCAUCCAUCAUCAGCAGACUCUUACACAACUCAAAGACCGCCGCAGAUUCACAUACAGAUCCAACAAGUACCGCCGCCUGCAAAUCAACCACCAAACAGAAAUAGAAAUCGUAAUAUUCAGAAUUAUGAUGUUGAUGAUGACAUUUUUGACAGCGAUAGUGACAUGUUUAAUAAUGGAGAUGAUAGUGACGUUGAUCAGGACUAUGAAAUUGAUUAUUCGCAAUCCACUUUCGAUGAAGAUGAAGACAAUGAAUACGAAGAAAAUAAUUUAGAAGAAUAAGAAACAUAAAAAAAAAUGAUUAAAAUUUACAGAAAAUUAUGAUACCCAUAAACAGGAUUAAUUUUAUGGCAUC